GAUUACAUAAGUACAUUUUUAGAAUUCCUAUAGUUUGCCAUUAGUAAUAUUGCAAAUAAGAAGAUCAUUUCUUUCAAAUAGUGGGCAAGUGAACAUGUUUACAAUAAAUGGAGUUAACGAGCAAAAUGGCGACAGCAUAGCUGAAGGCGUUUUGGAAGAUAAAAAUGCCGAGAUUCAGAGAAAUAACGACUAUUCCAUUGAUGACGAUGCAGAAUUUCAGAAAAAUACCGACAGUUUAAUAAAAAACAAUGCAGACUUUCUGAUAAACAAUGACUUUUUAAUGGAUGAAGGUGCAAAACUUCAGGAAACAAGCGACAAUUUAAUAGAUAACAAUACACAGUAUCUCAGAAAUAGCGCUAAUUUAUUUAAUGACUGUAAAGAGUUUAAAAAAAAAAACUAUGCUGAAAAAGAAUGGUAUGAAAUUUAUAACAAAGUUAAAUCACUCAUUCAGAGAGGAGAUGAACUAAGUAAAAAUAAUAUUUAUGAAGCAACUUAUGUUUUAGAAAAAAUCCAAAAACAUACUUCAUCAAUAAUGAAGAGUGAGGUUAAACCUUUAAAUAAUUCCAGUUUUGUUAAUCGCAUUAAAAACGUUAUUGAACAAACCGCUUCUGAGCACAACAAAGAAGUUAUAUUUGAAUUUUUAUAUUUAUGUUUACGUGGUCAUUUGUUAUACGAGUUAGAAGAUUACGAAGAAGCACUAGAAUGUUACGAAAAGUUUGAAAAUUUAUUACCUGAAGACCUUUUUAAAAUGAAUGUAAAAAGAGCCAAAGGAGACUGCCUUAGAAAACUUAAAAGGUAUAAAGAUGCUCUGAAAGAAUACAAACAAGCUUCAAAGGUUGAAAACGACUACUAUACCGUUAAAAUUGAUAAAGCGUUAUUAUACAAUAGCCGCGGUUUACUAUAUAUGGAUAAUGAAAAAUACUACAAAGCUCUUUUUUACUUUACAAAAGCUUUAAAAUUAAAUGAAAACCCAUUAUAUUUUUGCAAUAAAGGUAUUGUCCUUUACAAACUUGGUAAAAAUGCAGAUGCUUUAAAUGCCUUGGAAGAUGCACACAAACUAAUUCAACAAGAUGAACUAACAGAUAAGAACAUGUUGUAUAUUAACAAUAUUCUUAAUACGUUUUUUAAAGUUUGGAGUUGUAACGAACAACUUCAUAAAUUAAUUAGCGAAUUUAUGAACUUGAAAAUGGCUUCAGAAAAUUGUAUUGUUCAGUCAAUUGGCAAACAUAGAAACUCUAUCACGUCUGAACAAAGUAUGGAAGAAUCAAUAAAUAAACGAAGAAGUUCGAUAAUAUCUGAUCCAGGUGUUGAAGAUUUGUCUAGCAAAAAUCGAAGUUCUCCUAGUUUGGAACAAAGUAUUGAAGAAUCAAUUAGAAACCUUAAAAACUCGUAUGAGCAAAGUGAAAAAGAAUUAAAGAACGAUACAAGAAACGAAGUUGAAGAUAAAAUAAACUCUUUAGUUCUUGAAAAAAGCACAGAAGAUCGAAUUAGAAAUCUUAUGUCUGAAAAUAUUAUCGAAGAAUGCAGUACGUUCAUAAAACUUAAUGAAAAAUUUCUCAGCACACUUAUUACAAUUCUAAACCAAGAUAACGAUAUCUGUUCAGAUGCGUUUCAGCAAAGCAAAACAUAUGAAUCAAAAAUGAAAAAAAAAUUUAAAAUGAUUUCAGACAGGUACACACAACUUGAUCUCAGUGACAAAAUAAUGUAUAAUAUGAACGCGGUUGUGACUUAUAUCUCUCAUUUUAACACACAACUUGAAGAACAAAGAACCAAAUUAGAGGAAUACAUUACUCAAGUGGAUAGAAAUAUUAAAGGAACAUUAAAAGAAUACAAUAAUGUUCUAAAUAACAACCUUGAUACCGGGCUUUCUGAAGAAAUAAAGACGAAAAUCACAGAGUACUACAAAGCUUUUGUUGGAACUGUGUUAUCAGCAUACUGUUCGGCUCAAAUAAUGAACAGAAAAUGGGUAGAAAAACGAAAGAACCUCAUGCUUUUGUUUAUUUCUGAAAGAACCACUGAAGGUUCAGGUAGAACUAUUGAAACGUUAGAGGAACCAUUAAAAUCUGCUCUCUCCGGUGUCGUUAGUGUUUUUGACAAAAUUGGUAAGUAUGACGACAAUGUUACCUAUGGUAGAUCAAAACUUGCAAAUGCCUACGAUGAACUAAAUACUCUCUUAUCAGAGGACAUUUUAGAGGUUGUAAAAAAUCAAAAUAAACAAAAACAAAUUUCAACUAUAACAAUGGAUGAUUUGAAUACUUUACCAGACCCAUUCCUAAAAAAGGUUAGUUGUUGCACUGGAUUUCAAGACAGCAAAGUUGAAGUGUUUUUAAAUAAUACAAUGUAUUUUUCAGCUGCUGAGAGACUAGGUUACAAAGAUGCGCAUACUCUGCUUAAAAAAUAUGUUAAAUCCAAUGAAUACAGAAAAGAUGAAUUAAAAACUUUGACAAGAGAACUUUGUGAAGUUCAACAAAUCAAGCAUGCAAAAGUAGUACCAAAAAAAGUUGUAAAAAAUAAAGGGUAUCCAGAGAGGUUAAAAAACUUAAAGGACGAAAAAUUUCAAAACAAAGAGUUUAGUGAAUCAAAAAAAAUAAUUAAUAGCUAUGAAACUAGCAAUGGUAAAGAAACCACCCCGUACCAUAAAUACUGGUACCAGGAUAGUAAAGACGCUAUGGACCUUAUAUUAGAGUUACGGAUUGAGAAGACAAAGUUUAAAGACGUAAAAAAAAAAAUAUGCCAACGCGCAGUUGAAGGCUAUUGGAGUCAAACCAGCACCCGUUUCAAUCACAAAUCAUGUUUACAGUUAUUUAACGAAAAAUACUUGCAACAAAAACUACUAAAGAGAAAUCAAAGCCAGUUACAAGAUGAAGAAAUUGAGGAAGUGCAGAUGGCAUUGUUUAAUUUUAUGUGCACUGCAAUAGUGAACAAUGAAAUGAAGAACCUAGAUUGUAUUACAGGUUUUGCCAAGGAUUACAAUAAGUUACUGGAAAAAAUUGCUGAACAACAUCCGCAAUAUUUUGUUCAUGAAAAAAUAGCAAAAGCAGCUUUUACCUCAGAUGUAAACUUGCAAACUGAAGUUCUUAGCAAGCUCGAAGAAACAAAUAAUGGUCUAGACAAUGAAAUUGUCAGAGAUAACUAUAAUGAUGGAUGGUAUCAAGAAGGAACAAAUGAUGUUAUGGAAAGAUUGUUUUAUAAAAGUAAGGAAAAUAUAGAUCAGCUGUUAGAGUUUAAACUAGAGGUUAAACUAUGUAGAAGAGCAAUUAAAGGAUACUGGAAUGAAUCCAACACACUUUUUGCACCCAAAUCUUGCAGAGAAUUGUUUGAAAAAAAGUACCUUCUGUCAAAGCUUAAAAAAUUAAGCCAAAGUGAAAUAUUGGAUGAAGAAAUUGAAGAGUUGCAAAUGGCAAUGUUUAAUUUCAUGUGCGCUGCUAUAGUGAAUUCUAAAAACAAGAAUGUAAACUGUAUAAUAGGCUUUGCAAACGAAUACCCAGAUUUACUUAAAAAAAUUGCUGAUCAGCAUCCAACAUAUUUUGUUAACGAACAGGUGGUGAAUAUUGCUUUAUCUACAGAUGAAAAAUUACAAGCUAAAGUAGUUAGUCAACUAAAUGAAGCCGAUAAUGAACAGGAGGAAAAUAUAUUUUUGUACGAUCAAGGUUGGUAUGAAGAAUGUAACGAAGCGAUGGAUCAGCUCGUUAAACUACGUCUUGAGAAAUCUGGUAUCAGACAUGCUAAAAUAAAAUUAUGCAAACGUGCUGUUAAAGGUUUAUGGAAAGAAUCUAGUUUACAAACGGAUCGCAAAUCCUGUAAAGAGCUAAUUGAUAAAAAGUAUUUGCUGUCUAAACUAAAAAAGGUAGACCAGAGCAUUAUAUCGGACGAAGAAAUAGAAGAGGUACAAAUGGCAUUGUUUAACUUUAUGUGUACAUCGAUAGUUAAUUAUGAAAAGAAAAAAAUGGAUUGCAUUGCGAAUUUUGCAAAAGAUUAUAAAGAAUUAGUGGAAAAAAUUGCCGAGGAGCAUCCAAAAUAUUUUGUCAACCGACGAGUAAUAGAAGUAAUAUUAUCAGCUGAUACCGAGUUACAAAGUAAAGUACUCCGUAAAAUGAACUUUUAAUUUAAUUAAUGAAUGCCACAUGCAUAUAUAAGCACAAGACAUUUAAUCUCUUUUUUAAAACUUUUUUUUAUUCUUUAAGAUAAUUUUGAAUAAAAGUAUAGAGUUUCAUCUAUUUAAGCUAUUGUAAUAGUAUAAUUUUUAUUUCGCCUUUGUUUUAUUUUAUUUGUUUCUAAACGUUUAAAUAUAUCGAUAAAUGUUUUUUUGUUUUUGUAAUUGUUUAUUUAGUUAGAAAAAUAUCUGAAGUUAA